UAUCAACGUUUGAGGCGUUUUCAAUGUUUUGGUAACCACGUAUUGAAUAUCCUACCGAUUCUAGCAAAAAGACACUCAUUCUUACAUCUAAAGUCUUAACUAUAAGUUAGUAGUUUAUUACUGAGUUCAUUUUGCAAGAUUCGCGUAGGUACGAUUAAAUGAACAGGAUUUAGAAAAGAAAUCGCAAGGAGACGAGGUUUUGAAUUGGAAAGCUAGUCUGACAGCAGCUGGUCUUGCCUCGAAAAGAAUCAGCUCUUUGUUUAGAAAUGGCUUCCAGAGACGCUGAAACAGCCGAGGAUGGGAAACGGUCAACAUUUCAUGAUGCUGGUAGACGACGAGAUACCCGGGAGUGGAUGCGAGGAUGCUGUGGGGUUUUACAGCGUCAAUUUGGAGAAAUGCUGACAGGAGUCACGUGGCAAAUGACCAUAAUCUUAUUGGUUCUCAUUGAAGUGGUCAUUAACAUAAUUCUACUUUUAAUCAGUUUCCACGUCAUAAAAGAUUCUGAAGACCAUUUCGCGUCUAACAUCCUCCACUUUGUAGCAAUAUCGAUUCUAUCACUCUUCGUUCUCGAGAUAGCUCUCAAGCUGUUCGCGCUGGGAUUCAGAUUUUUUUUGACAGAGAAGUGGGAGCUAUUUGACGCCACCAUUGUUCUAGUUGCUUUUACCACGGAGAUUAUUCUAAGGGUAAUGCAUGCUGAAACCUGGAGAGGUUUGGAACUGACAAUYGCACUUAGAUUAUGGAGAGUGCUAAGACUUGUUUCAGUGAUGAUAUCAUUCAAAGAAGAGUUCUACGAGCUGAUAGACGACGAAAUCGAUGGCAAACGCAAGAAUGAGCCAAAAACCGAAACAUCUGAAGUAGAAUCUCUCCGAGAUAAACACCAAGAAAACUGAAAACAAGUCCAGUAUUCAGGAUGUAUCGUCUAUAAUUUAAUAACGCAGUUCGCACGUGCGUAGUCGUGCGAGAUAUGUUGGGGAAUAUUGUUUUCAUAUAUCAUUGUGUUCACAAACAUAAUAAAUCCAUCUUAACAAUGAUAAUAAAAAGGUCUAAAAAUAAAAUAACAGUUAUGUCGUUUUCUCCGUUGUUUUUUGCAUUUGAAAAUUAAACAUAUUUUAAAAA